AUGCGCUCUUACAUCGCUGCUGCUGCCCUUGCAGCUGUUGCUCAGGCUCAGGACCUUGACUGGGAUGCCAUCCUUCAGCUGACUCCCGUCCCUGAUGUCUCCAUCCCUGUAGUCUACGCUACUGCUCCUGCCACCACUGCUACCGCUACAACCAUCUCCUACUCCAGCCAAGCAUCAGCCGCUGCUGUCAGCUCCGCUCUGGCCGCCAACCCUGACGAUUCUUUCCCCCUGGACUCUGCCUUGGCCAGACGUGCUGCUUCUCCCACCUCUUGCCAGGUUCAGCCCACUGGUGUCACACUCGGACCCCAGGCCACUGAUGACUCGGUCAGCGCUUUCUUGGCCUACCCUUCUUUCUCUGCCACCGCCAGCUCAGCUGCCGCUGCCGUGCCUUCUGGCUAUGUGAACACCUUCUUCAACUUGGCCGCAUCCAACAACGCCUACGGAUACAUGGGUUACACUCUCCUUACCGACUACGACCAGCAGAAGUGCGCAGACAAGUGCACCAAGAUCAACGGAUGCCAGGCAUUCAACAUCUACUACGAGCGUGAUCCUACUGCCAACCCCGACGCUGACAGCUGCAAGAACCCCCCUUCCACCACCAACAUCAAGUGUGUGUUCUGGUCAGGCCCUGUCUCCUCGGACAACGCCAACAAUGCUGGCCAAUGGCGCAACAAGUUCCAGGUCGUGAUUGCUGGAUCCAACGGAUAUGUCAACAAGUCCAUCGCUACUCCUGUCGGUUACAACGCUGGCGUCUUCCUUGGCAAUGCUGCCAUCAACGCCCCUCUUGACUGCACUGGCGAUGAUUCUUUCCUUGGCUCGAGGCAGCUCGGUAACGGUGUCUUCGAUGCCAACCUCUGCGCAAUUGCUUGCAACGAGCAGGCCGACUAUGCUCGCAGACACCCCCCAGCUGCUGGCCAGUUCAACAAGAUUUGCACCUUUUUCAACACCUACAUUCUGUACAAGAACGGCCAGGCUCUUCAGCAGAGUUGCGCUCUCUACGACCAGACCUGGUCUCAGUCUUAUGCCAAGAACACUGGUUACUACUACGGCAGUGACAAGUACACCGUCGGUUUCUCGUACACCUUCUCCAACAAGACCGAUGGUGCUACUACCUUGACCACCCUUGGUGCUCUACAGAAGCGUCAGGCCGCUGCCACUCCUACUGCUAUCCAGAAGUACGCCGGUUCCAUCAUCAGCUCCGCUUGUGCUCUGGUUGCCACCUCCGGUGCUGCCGUCACUAGCACUGCUACUGCCGCGGCCACCACUGUCUACGUUGCUACCUCGAUUGUCAAUGCAGUUGCAUCCCCCUAG